AUGAAUAGGCAGUGGAUUCACUGCGAUCGACGUAGUGAAGAGUACAAAAAUGGGGUCAAAUCAUUCAUUGAAUUUGCUAAACAGAAUGUGAAUGAGGAGAAUGAGACUGUAUGUCCCUGCUCUAGUUGUGGUUAUUCAAAGUUGAAAACUAUUGAUGUAGUUCACAUCCAUUUACUGCAACAUGGGUUGUCGGUAAUAUUUGAAACGUACUUUAGGUUAGGAAGUGAGAGUAUGCCUUCUCCAGUUCAGGAGCCAGCCACUGAACCCAACAAUGACAUAUUUGAUAUGAUGGAUGAUAUGCUUGAUAGGCAUGACUCUAUUGAUCAGCCUAUUGAAGGGGGUGAAGACACUCUAGAGGGCGAUGAUAUUGAUAAGGUUCAAAGGGUAGAUGGUGAUAACUAUGAUAAGUUAUUAGUUGAAGCACAAAGGGAAUUGUUCCCUGGUUGCACUGAAUAUACUGUUUUGACUUUUGUCGUGGAGUUGCUUAGUUGUAAAGUGGAUAAUUUGUGGACUAACAAAUCAGUUGAGAGGAACUUACAAAUCAUGAGAAAAAUGUGUCCAAAACCCAAUAACAUUCCCGAAUCUUAUUACGCAUGCAAGAAGAUGUUGAAAGAUUUGGGGUUAGGAUAUGAAAAUAUUCAUGCGUGUAAGUAUGAUUGUGUCUUAUUUUAUAAGGAGCAUGAAGGGAAGGAUAAGUGUCCUGUGUGUAAUGAACCACGGUACAAAAAUAGUGACUCUCCACAAAAAAAGAAGAUUCCUAAAAAAAUUUUGCGAUAUUUUCCCUUGACUCCAAGAUUGCAAAGGUUGUUUAAGUCUAGACACACAGCGGGUGAUAUGAGGUGGCACAAGGACAAACGGGUAGAUGAGGAAGGAAAGAUGAGGCAUCCUGCAGAUGGGUCUGCAUGGAAGGAUUUUGAUAUAUCUUAUCCAGAUUUUGCUCAAGACCCACGAAAUGUCAGACUAGGCCUCGCUACCGAUGGUUUCAAUCCUUUUGGUAACAUGAGUUUGUCUUAUAGCAUGUGGCCUGUGGUGGUGGUUCCAUAUAAUCUACCCCCUUGGAUGUGUAUGAAGAAAGCAUUCUCUAUGCUUACGUUAUUAAUUCCUGGACCAAUUUCACCAGGAAGGGACAUUGAUGUAUAUCUACGCCCUUUAAUUGAUGAACUUAAGGAGUUGUGGGAUCAUGGUGCUAAAACAUAUGAUAAGAUGGCUGAGUCUGAUUUUAACAUGCGUGCAGCGGUAAUGUGGACGAUUAAUGAUUUUCCAACAUACGCUAAUCUAUCCGGUUGGAGCACGAAAGGAUAUUUGGCAUGCCCUGUAUGUAAUAAAGAUACAGCAAGCCAUCGAUUGAAAAACAAGAUUGGUUAUGGUGUGCAUCGUCGCUUCUUACCCAUGCAUCAUUCUUGGCGCAAAGAUACCAGUAAAAAGACCUUCACUGGUAAACGAGAGAUGAGAAAGCCCCCUGUAAAGCUCUCUGGUAAGGAUAUACUGAAACAACUUAGAUGCCUUAGACCAAGCAAACCUGGAAUAAUCUAG